AUUUCCAGAUGAGCCUUUAGCAAAUUAAAGAAAGGAAGUCCUGCCAAGUAACCUGUUUUGAAAAGCGUUCUUAUGUGGAGAGCCAAGUGACUUCUUGGCAAAAGCAGAGGAAAGCACCAUUGCAAAUGGAACCCUAGAUGGAGCUGUGGGCCGUGUCCUCCUCUUCCUGCCUCUUCUCCCAGGCAUGCCGAUUUGUCGACAUUCAGUUCCUCUCUUGAUUGACGCCCAAGGCAAGCUGGAAGCAAGAAACAAGGAGACAAGCGUCUUUGGAAGCUUCCUGCAUUCAUCCUCUUUGCCCAACUUGCCAGAAGAUGGGGAAGAGUUGCAAAGUGGUUGUGUGUGGGCAAGCAUCCGUUGGGAAGACGUCUAUCCUGGAGCAGCUUCUCUAUGGGAAUCACGUGGUUGGUUCGGACAUGAUUGAAACCCAGGAGGAUAUUUACGUGGGCUCCAUUGAGACUGACCGGGGGGUGCGAGAGCAGGUGCGCUUCUAUGACACCCGAGGCUUGAGGGAUGGGCUGGAGUUGCCCAAACACUGCUUCUCUUGUACUGACGGAUAUGUGCUGGUUUACAGUAUUGACAACAAGGAGUCCUUCAAGAGGGUGGAGAUUCUCAAGAAGGAGAUAGACAAGAGCAAGGAUAAGAAGGAGGUCACCAUUGUGAUUUUAGGCAACAAGUGUGACUUGCAGGAGCAGCGGCGUGUGGAUCAUGAUGUAGUGCAGCACUGGGCCAAGGCGGAGAAAGUGAAACUGUGGGAAAUCUCGGUUGCUGACCGUCGGACCCUCAUCGAGCCCUUUGUUUACCUAGCCAGCAAGAUGACACAGCCACAGAGCAAGUCUGCCUUCCCACUCAGCCGCAAGAACAAAAGCAGUGGGUCUGUGGAUGGGUGAAACCCUCAGACUCUGCACCUGCCAUCUCUUAUAAGAAAGCCAUGCAUGCAGGGCUGGUCAUACUGUGAAGAAGAAACUUUUGGCAGCAGAUUCCAGAUCAGGCUCCACCAUUUCCCUUCAUGCAAUCUCUAUCUCUCUGUGUCGUUCCCUGCCUGCCCCCACAAAAAAUCUCUUAGUUUAGAGCAAUGGAAAAGGCAUUUUCAACUUUUCACUUAAAACAAACCAAAAAAUCCCCUAAAUCAGAUAUUACUUGCAUGAGUCCAGUUCCAGCAGGUGCCAACGUACAUUUCAUGAUAAAAAUGGGACCCGAUUAUAUCAGUGGUUGAAUUUUUGGGGCUACCUUUCAAUUCUAAUUUUAAAGGAGCAUGUAUUUUGCAUUUGGAAGCCUGUGUUUGGGUUACCAGAUUUCCCCCUUGAUCAGGAUCAGCAUGGCAGAGAGGAGAAUCUUCCCUGAAUGACUCCAUUUUGGCAGUGCUGGUUCUGCUUAAAUUGCCUUUCCUUCCUUCUGCUGUGGGAGAGGGAGGGACACUGUGGAGUUCCUGCAGAACCAGGGGGAAAGAGGACAGUGGAACGUGUCACUCAACAUGAGUGACAUGAGCAGCACACCUGGCCAAGCCAGUCCUUGACAGUCCCCUAUAGAUGGGACACCUGGCCACCCUAAUCCAUCUUCCAAGGUUCCAUUUGUGGAAUGGUGUUAGGAGCUGACUGUGUUUGCUUCUGAAGAAGAAAAGACUGAGGUGUCAGUGGGAGAGAAACAAAUGGUGAAAAAUUAAAAGUCAAAGUAUGCGGAGAAGUGUUAUCUCAGGAAUGGGAAUUAAAAUUUGGGCCAGUUGACUUAGGUACACGAAUCAUGGGUUGGAUCCAGCCCUAGUCAAGUAUCCAACCCCGCAUGUUAAAAAUUAGCCCAUUUCAUCGGAGGAGUUUGAUCUAUACUGUCUCAUAAAUGGCUUUUCCAGACACUGUUAUUGUUUUUCUCAACUGGAUGAUACAUAUUAACACACUGUUCUAAUCAAUUUCUCUGUUGAAUGGACUUAAACUAAGGCUGCAAUACUUACUUGUGCUUACCUGGGAGUAAAUUCCACUGAGCACUGUGGAUUGAUUUCCAAGUAAACAUCCAUAGGCUUGCACUUAGUAGUAGCUGAAACCCUUUGCUAGUAAACACUAACAUUUAUGUGCUGAUUGAGUACAGGACAGAGCACAGCAGGAGCAGGUUCUCAGUCAAAAGCUAAGAGUUUGUUCUCUAUAAACAAAUUAAAUUGCAUUUUGUUACCUAA